CUCUCGGAAUAUAAUUCCAGUAUUUCUGCUUUAUAGUUAACCAGCUUUGGGUUUUUGAGUUAUUCCGAUAAAUCAAAUUUCGCUAGAGAAGUGAGAUGGCUGUUGUUAGCAACAACACAUAUAGGUUGGCAUUAAAAAUAUAUGAUACUGAUGUUCGACCUCAUCCCAUUUCAACAGUAACCAAUGUAGCUUUUGCUCUGAUCUUUGCAAUGAGGAACUCCAACAUGCGCUGAUCCCCACUAACCAUCAUGAGCAGAAGCUUAAACCCAUUCUCCAGAAGUUAAACGUUGUUACCGUCCCCCCACUGGACUACUAUCCUACGUGUGACAAGUGCCGCCGGAUAUUCCUAACCGUCCACAACAUUCCCGAGAGUUGCUUCAAAAUGUUGCCCAGCGCCGAACGAGCUGACAUCAAGAUAGAGCCAGAAUUAAUGAUUGAUGACCACGAGCUGUCGGAUAAUGAUAACUCUUUCGAGACAGACCCAAUAGCGGACGAUGAAGGUUUGAAGGAAGACAACACGGGAGAGAAACCGCCAAAAUGUGAGGAGUGUAAAAAAAUCUUUAGGUCAAAAUACGGACUCAAAGCUCACCUUCGAACCCACACGGGGGAACGUCCCUUUUCUUGCCCACAUUGCCCAAAGACGUUUAAGCAUCGUAGAACACUCAAACCGCACAUUCGAAUUCAUACGGGUGAAUGUCCCUAUACGUGUCCACAUUGCCCGAAGGCGUUCAGGCAAUAUACAACGCUCCAACAGCACAUUAGAACACACACGGGUGAACGUCCCUAUUCUUGUCCACAUUGUCAGAAGGCGUUCAAGAAUCCUUCAGCGCUCCAAGAGCACAUUCGAAGUCAUACGGGUGAACGUCCUUUUUCUUGUCCACAUUGUUCGAAAGCGUACAUGAAUCGUAAAACACUCCAAAAGCACAUUCGCACUCAUACGGGUGAACGUCCCUAUCCUUGUGUACAUUGCCCGAAAGCAUUUAUGGACAGUACAACGCUCCAAGGUCACAUUCGAACGCAUACGGAUGAACGUCCCUAUACUUGUCCUCACUGUCCGAAGGCGUUUGCACAACCUACAACGCUGAAACAGCACUUUCGAACUCAUACGGGUGAACGUCUCUUUUCUUGUCCACAGUGUUCGAAAACGUUUAAGGACCGUAGAACGCUCCAAGUGCACAUUCGAGCCCAUGCUGGCGAACGACCUUUUCCUUGUCCACAUUGCUCGAAAGCGUUUAAGAAUCGUAAAACGCUCGAACCGCACAUUCGAACUCAUACGGAUGAACGUCCCUAUUCUUGUUCACAUUGUUCGAAGGCGUUCAAGCAACUCGCGACGCUCCAGCAGCACAUUCUAAUUCAUACGGGUGAACGUCCCUUUUCUUGUCCAGAUUGUCCGAAAACGUUCAAAAGUCGUAAAACACUCAAACAGCACAUUCAAACUCACACGGGUGAAAGUCCCUAUUCUUGUCCUCAUUGUCCGAAAACAUUCAAGCAUCUUAAAACACUCGAUCGGCACAUUCGGAUACACCCCAAUUUCGAUAAAGUCCCAGGUGGCCCGGCUCGGGAAUCACUGGUGACCGUGAAGGAAGAGUUUACAUCAAGUUAGCGCAUUAGACAAAGAUACUUUUUCCAAAAUUUUUUAUAUUUUGUAUCACGUUCUCUGCGUAGAACUGUUGAAAAGUAUUAGAUAAAAUAUUUAAAAA